AUCUGUGCUCUAGAAUCUCGUCACUAUAAUGCAUCAACUGAUGACAAACGGAAAAUUCGUCUUCAUGGAUUUGGUACACUUCUAUAAUAUUAUUCGUAUUAUGAUUAUUAUAAUAUUUAUUGUCAUACGUAAUUGAAUUCAUAUUAUACGGCAUAUAUUUUAAGAUGGAUUCUGAUUUGAAAGGUUUAGAUCUUUAUGGAAUACUUGAAAUCCAACAAUCGGCUACUGAAAAAGAGAUUAAAGCGGCAUAUCGAAAGAAAGCUCUACAAUGCCAUCCAGAUAAAAAUCCGAAUAAUCCCAAAGCAGCUCAACUGUUCUUGCAGUUAUCUAAAGUAUUAACUAUUCUUACAGACACAGCAGCUCGAUUAGAUUAUGACAAGUUGGUGAAUGCUAAAAAUGCUGCUAAAUUGCUUGAACAAGAAAGUCAUUUGGAUUUAGUGAAAUAUAUAAAUGAUAUUAUGAAAAAAAGAAAUGAAUUAUUAGUAAAACGAGACACAGAUGAACGCAAUUUCAAGAAAAAACUAGACCGUUUAAGAAAAGAAAGCGACCUUAGGCAGCAAGAAACUGAAAAAGAAAAGAUCGGUUCAUUUAUAUUAAAAUUAAAGUGGAAGAAAAAAGGAGUUUAUAAUAAAGCUAAAUUAACAUCAUUGUUUUCUAAGUAUGGUGACGAAUUAAGUGUUGUGGUUCUGCAAAACAAGAAACCUAUGGGUUUUGUUAAGUUCAAAUCUAAGACUUCUGCUAUAAACGCCAAAAAUAAGGAAGUUGGUUUGGACGGUUGUCCUCUUAUUGUGAGUUUUCUUGGGGAUUGUAGACCAGACACUAAAAAAAGUUUUAAUCAAACUUCUGCUCCAAAUCCUAAUACUAUAUUUCCAGCUUAUCGAAAUCAAAUGACAACUCAUGGUUGUAAUGGUUUAUAUUGUAUGCAAUGCUAUACAUACACACUAGCAGCAGCAGCUAGUAAGCAUAAGUACUAAAUUACAAAUAGAUAACAAGGAACAUUAAACCUUUGGAUGAUAAAUAUAGCAUUAUCAUUUAUGGUAGUAUUCUAGAAAAUUAUUUUCAAACAUUUUAUAUUGUAUUCAGAUUUAUAAAUUUUUUUUUAUACAAAAAUAUUUAAUAUUGUUAAAGGGUCAGAAAAAUAAACUUUUAAGUGCUUUAUAUUCCAUACAUAUCAUGUUUAUAAUUUUUUUUUUCCAAUUGGUACCAGACAUUGAGUAACCGAUAUGUAUUGUCUCUGUUUUUCACACACAUUACUUUGCAAAUUAUAC